AUGGGACAGCAUUAUCUGGUACGGGGAGAAUUGGCAAUAAAAAAUUCCAAGAUUACUCCUUAUGUAGAGCUGGUGCAAGAAUUAUGCAGAAGAUUCAAGGAUAUUGAUUUUAGACAUAUCCCACGGAUACAAAAUGAGUUUGCUGACGCUUUGGCCACGAUAUCUUCCAUGAUUCAGUACCCGAAUCUAAGUUACAUUGAUCCUUUGGAAAUAAGCCUGAAGGAGCAACCCGUGCAUUGCAUACACGUGGAAGAGGAUCCUGAUGGAAAGCCUUGGUACUAUGAAAUUAAGAGGAGGACUCCUGAUUUGGGAUUUCUAAGAUGCGUCGAUGCUGUAGAAGCCAAUAAGUUGAUAAACGAG